UGAAUUGCAAUCAUCACUAUCGUUAUUAUGUAUUGAAGAUUUUCUGAUUAUUAUUUUGUUGCAAUAAUUUUAGUCAAUAGAACAAGAGGAUAAUAUUCAAUGCGAUUGAGAUUAUAGUUUCGUAAUUUUGGUGUUGUUUGUUGAUUUGAUUGAUAAUAAUGAAAGGAAUUGUUGAUUGACUGUACAUACUGAGUGUAAACAAAAUAAAUAUUAAUAGAACGUUUUAGCGCAUAUUACAUAUUUUCUAACAAGAAAUAAAAAUGUUGAAGGCUGUGAUACUCAUCGGAGGACCACAGAAAGGAACCAGGUUCCGUCCUCUCUCCUUAGACAUACCAAAGCCCCUGUUCCCCAUUGCAGGGCUCCCACUGAUACAACAUCACAUAAAAGCGUGUAAAAGACUGGCAGAAUGCAAGGAGAUACUGAUCAUAGGCUCUUACACUACUACUACUAUGGCACAAUUUGUUAGUGAUAUGCAAAUAGAAUAUAGUCCUGUCAUUAUCAGAUAUUUACAAGAGUUCACUCCUCUUGGUACUGGGGGAGGUCUGUACCACUUCAGAGACCAGGUUAGAGCGGGAAACCCAACUGCAUUUUUCCUGCUGAAUGGAGAUGUUUGUGCUAAUUUUCCACUUGAGGAACUAUGGGCAUUCCAUGAAGAAAGACCUAAUGCUUUAGUAACAAUAAUGGGCACAGAAGCAACCCGUCAGCAAUCAGUACAUUACGGCUGUAUGGUCCAAGAGCCUACCACUAAGGCGGUUACACAUUACGUAGAGAAACCGAGCAGUUACAUAUCUACACUCAUCAACUGUGGUGUCUAUGUGUGUUCGUUGCAAGUAUUUCACACUAUGGCGGAUGCUCUUCAAAAAGAAAAGGGCGGGUUUUACAGUAGGAAUGGCCACGGUAGUCCACCUCCUGGUUAUAUGUCGUUUGAACAAGAUGUUUUGGCACCAUUGGCGGGGACCAAUAAAUUAUAUGCAAUGCAGGUAGGUCACUGGUGGUCGCAAGUGAAGACGGCCGGCUCCGCCAUAUACGCGAACCGCCACUACCUGGAGCUGCACCGGCGGCUGAAGUACGAGCCCUGUCACAUCUUGCCCUACGUUUACAUUCACCCCACGGCCGUCGUUGACAGUACCGCAGUGAUCGGGCCAAACGUAUCGAUAGGAGAGGGAGUCACGAUCAAAGCGGGCGUGCGGAUCAAGGAAUCGAUUGUACUGAACAAUGCCACAAUCAAUGAACACGCACUUGUUAUGUAUUCAGUUGUGGGGCAGGGCGCGUCCGUGGGCGAGUGGUCGCGCGUGGAAGGCACACCGACGGACCCCGACCCGGACAAGCCGUUCGCUAAGAUGGACAACAUACCGCUGUUCAACAGCGAGGGCAGGCUCAACCCUUCCAUUACUGUAUUGGGCUCAGACGUCGUGGUUCCUCCAGAAAGGAUCGUGUUGAAUUCAAUAGUUCUACCACACAAACAAUUAUCUAGGAGCUUCAAAAAUGAAAUAAUAUUAUAGUGUAAAAUAAAUUAUUGUAAUGUAACUUUUGACAAUAAUAUUUUAGGGCUGAUUUGUCAAUCACCAUCAUCAUUUUUGUGCAAUAUAUUUUAAACUAGCUGAUACCCAUGACUUCGUCCGCGGGGAUUCAGAUUUUGAAAAAUCUUUGAUUUUCUGGGAUAAAAAGUAGUCUGUGUCCCUUUCUGCUCCGUUCGGUGUUAUUGAAGGACAAACGAACAAGCAAACACACUUUCGUAUUUAUAAUAUUGAUGACAUAAAAAUGCAUUGAUAUAUUUUAAAAUGUCAGUUUUCUCUCAGUGACUAGGCAAGUAGCCACUACUAAUUUGUAUUUUGAUGUGAAGGCAGAUGUCAAGACAUAGCGAGUGUAAACAUCAAAAUAAUGUCUGACCGAAUCGCACAUGCCAUACGUACAUUUACAAGUUGCAAGUUAACUACUAGCUGCAGUAAUUGUAUGCGUAGAUUUUACAUGUUUCCAACAUUCAUAGAAUUAGAGCCUCAAGCCACUAAUGUUAAGUAAAUUGGACCUUAAGAGCCUUGUUAUA